UGAAGCAGACAGUAGUAGUGGCUGUCAGAUCGAAACGGAAGUCUGUGGGACUUCCUGGUUUGUGGAGCAGAAUCAACAACAGUCGUCAGGUUUGUCUCCGUGUAAAAAUUAAGGUUCGGGAUAUUUCCGGUGGGUUAUCUCACGGUGUUUAUCCGAGAGACGCUUCGUCACAGUUAGCAUCGAGCUAACGUUAGCAGCAGCAGCGCCGUGGUGAUGUCUGCUUCGGCCGGAUGCUCCCCGGCAGGCCCGGGCUCAGGCCUGGGCCCUGGGAUGUCCAUGUUCCGCUGGCUGGAGGUGCUGGAGAAGGAGUUUGACAAGGCCUUCGUGGACGUGGACCUGCUGCUGGGGGAGAUAGACCCUGACCAGGUGGACAUCACCUACGAGGGCCGACAGAAGAUGACGAGCCUGAGCUCCUGCUUCGCCCAGCUGUGUCACAAAACUCAGACUGUUUUCCAGCUCAACCACAAACUGGAGGCUCAGCUGGUGGACCUGCGCUCGGAGCUGACUGAUGUGAAGGCUGAGCGCUCGGUGGUGGAGAGAGAGGUGCACGACCAGCUGCUGCAGCUUCACGCUCUACAGCUGCAGCUUCACGCCAAACAAGGCCAGGACGAGGACUCGGACUCCAUCAAAGACAGACUGGAGCAGGAGCUGGUGGCCAGUAAGAAGGAGAAGUUGGCUGAGGCGCGGCUGGAGGCUGAAGUGAGACUGUACAGGAAAGAGAAUGAGGCCCUCCGCAGGCACAUGGCUGUACUGCAGGCCGAGGUGUACGGAGCGAGACUGGCUGCUAAAUACCUGGACAAGGAGCUCGCUGGCAGGGUGCAGCAGAUCCAGCUGCUGGGUCGGGACAUGAAGGGGCCAGCUCACGACAAGCUGUGGAACCAGCUGGAGGCGGAGAUCCACUUGCACCGCCACAAGACUGUCAUCAGGGCGUGUAGAGGACGAAACGACCCAAAGAAACCUCUGCCCUCCCCUGUGGGACACGACCCUGACAUGCUGAAGAAGACGCAGGGAGUCGGCCCCAUCAGGAAGGUGGUGCUGGUCAAAGAGGACCAUGAGGGGCUGGGGAUCUCCAUCACAGGCGGGAAGGAGCACGGCGUUCCCAUCCUGAUCUCAGAGAUUCACCCCAGCCAGCCCGCAGAUCGCUGUGGAGGUCUGCACGUCGGAGACGCCAUCCUCGCCGUCAACAGUAUCAACCUGAGAGACGCCAAACACAAGGAGGCUGUGACCAUCCUGUCCCAGCAGCGCGGGCAGAUAGAAUUCGAGGUGGUGUACGUGGCUCCAGAGGUAGACAGUGAUGAUGAGAAUGUAGAGUAUGAAGACGACAGCGGUCAUCACUACAGACUCUACCUGGAUGAACUGGACGACAGCAGCACAGCACCCCCUAACAACAGCUCAGCAUCACUGCAGGCUCUGGAGAAAAUGACUCUGAGUAAUGGAGCAGAGAACGGAGGAGGAGACACCGGGAUCUCCAGCGAGACGCUUUCAGAGGAAACUCCUUCAAAACCUCCUGAGGGGGACGGCUCCACCUAGAGGCCUGGCAGAGUUUUGUGGAGGAUUGUGGGAGAAAUAUGCUGAGAGGAUUGAAUCAGAGGAUCAUCUGAGGAGCAGAGGGAGAACAAACAGAAACCUCUGUCUUCUCUGAAUGUGGGGGGGUUAAAGGUCAGAGGAGGGGGUGGCGUUGAACAAAGGGGGCUUUCUGGGUAUUUUAUGUAGAUAUUAAUGAGUAAAAAAAAGGGGGAGGGGGGAGCGCUUUAGUUUAGAGUCUUUGUUUCUCAUCAACAAUAACACUAAAUCAUCCUCAUGGACCUCCUCUCUGAUCAGAAAUCAAUCAGAAGGAAUAUUUAUUCAUUAUUUUAAAACCAGAUGCGUAACCAGUCAGCAAGGUUCAUUCCAGCUCACAUUAGGAGGAGUGAGAGGUUUGCAGAAUCAACUGAAGAUAAAGAUGUUUUCAGACCACAACACACAGGGUUUUAAGCAGCAUUGUUAAAUGCUAUAUAAAGUCAAUCCAAAGACACAUCACAAGACUUCAUAGAGCACAAGAGAUCAUCUUCACUGAGCCAGUUAGAGCUCUUUGUUUUCUCAGUGUUAACCUGCUUCACAGACAGAACUUCAUUCAAAAAGGAGUUUUCUUCUCGUCCUGCAGGCAUCAUGACUUCAGAGCGCUUUAGUGAAAGAGUGAAACAUCUUUUGAGAUGUUCCUUCUCAUCAUGUAAAAGUUGUUAAUCCGUCACUCCUGGUUCUAAACUGGAGAUAAACUGCAGAACUUUUGGACUCUUUAUCAAACCAGCGUUGUAAUGGUAGUCUUUUCUGCAAACACCUUUUGGAAGCUGUGGCUGGUGGAACAACCUCUCUGCUCUCUACAGGAGGAUUUGAUGUACCCAAACUUUAACCUUUGAUAUGACUCUAAAAAAUUAAACAAUUUGGACACCACAGCAACUAAAAUAGUGCACACUGUCUGAAGUCAGUACCCAAACUUUACCAAUGAUAUGGAGCUGCUCUCUGUUUGAUAGAGACACAAAUGUUAUGUUUUCAUGAUUAAAAUAACAGGUGUAUUGUUUAACCUUGUUUCAAACAUUUUGACAACCUUAGUCCUGACAUUCAGACCAGUCUGACAGCUGAUUGGCCCUCGUGCCUCCUGGACACUGCACAGCAAACUAAACUCAGUCCAGCUGAACUCUGAGAAUAAAUUAUGUGACACAAACCUGGGCUCAGAAUGAGCCUGAAAUCAUUCAGUGUGAAGAUGGUGUUCAGGGAGUCCAGGUGGAGUCUUUAAAGUGUUCAGCUUUUAUCAAAACAAUCACACGAAGAAGAAGAAGAAGCUGUUUGAAAUCAAUCUCUGCUGCUGGUCACUUUCAAAAAGCCAGAUCUGUGAGGACAGAGUAGUUACUGAUCGAGUGGAGCUGUCCUCGUACCUGCUGUUUGUCCUGCUUCUUCACUAACUCUCUCUCUGUGUGUGUGUGUGGCAGCACAGUACAGUUACUCUUGUAUGAUAAACUGUAAUGUUUACAAUCAAUGACGGGCUCUUUCUCUGCGGGGCAUUCUAUUCUUUUUAUUGUUGUUUUUGUUUAUCGUGGGACUUCCUGUGUGUGUGAGAGUCAGAAUGUGUGAGAACACAUCAGAGACUCAGUUUUCACACAAACCUCCUGAAGGUGUCCUGCUGUGUUCAGACGUGGACUCUGUGUGUUCACAUGUGCAGCUCUUUAGUUAAAGUGUGAAAACAGCAUGUGACCGUUUGAUCUUCAGAUUUUCACAGAAUCGGAUCUGGGUCAGCACUACUUCCUGUCAGAGCUUCAGAAUAAAGGAACUCAAGUUACUGAAAGCUUCAGCGUCACAUCACGUUUCUUCUCUUUGUGUCGUUCUGUUCUCUCGACGCUGUGUCGUUAAACUCUGCACACACACACUGUUUUCAUAGCCUUUCAAUAAAGUUUGCUUCCCUUUGCUUUAUCUGUAA